AAGCAUCCUCCCAUAUUGUUCCGAGCAGCUGCUUUAAGCCGGUUGCUAAGACGGGAAGCUGCUAGCCAUGUCGCAAAGGCUCAUAUAUGUACAUCGUAGAGCGGCCGCCGUAGGAUAAGCACAACCACGCAGAUACCCGUUGGAUGCUGUUUGACAUCUCACGAUAUCUUCUAACUCUCACAGCACAAGCGUACCAACUCCUCGAAUACCAUACCCAUUGACUGCAACAUCUUAUCAUAAUGGAUAGCACUCGCAUCUCACAACUACUCGCCAUACCCGGCGCCUUCUUCCUUGGCAGCUAUAAUGCAACCUUCUCUCAGAAUGUCAUGCCCCAUUUGUACAGCCUCUCUCCAUCUGAGGUGACGCCUAUCUUCGAGAAGAUCUACCACCGAGGCGCAGCCACCAUUCUUCCCAUUGCAAGCAUAGCGAUUGCAGCAAACGGCUACCUCUCAUACGAAAGCGACACCACCAAGCGAAGACUCUACGGCACCGCUGCUGUACUGAUGGUGGCAACUUUACCGCUCACGCAGAUAGUGAUGGGACCUGGAAUCAAUAGGCUGAUCGAGAUUAGCAAGGAUGCUUCACUACGCAGCAAGACUGGGACCGAGGCAGAGGUUGUGAAGCUGCUGAAGUCUUGGGUCACAUUCAACUCUUUGAGGGCGUCCUUGCAUCUUACCGCUGGUAUGCUCAGCUUGUAUGCUGCACUGUCGUAACGGAGACAGCGCAGGAAGGUCGAUCAGAUCUAUAUUCAAACCAAAGCAUAGCCUUGCAGCACUGGCAGUGGGGUGGCGUGGGUGGUACGUUUGGUGUCAGCCAUGAAUGUCGGAUUGUAUAUUGUAAUGGAAACAACCGUCUUCUCU